UUAAUCAUGGCUGCACGAGAAUCUGGUAGAAUAAAGGAUGAGUAUCAGAAAAGAGUGCUCGAUGAAGCUGCUCGCCAACGUAGACAGAUAAAAGCAUUGGAAGCCUUAGAACAAGAUAAUUUUCAUGAUGAUCCUCAUGCGGAUUUAGUGAUGAGCAAGAAAGUUCCAAAAUUUCAAGAGACAUUAGAUAAUAGAGGUGGUCGAAAGAAAAAAACUAAGUCAGCAGAAUAUUAUAAGCAACGUUUUCGAAAAACUUUUGACCAAUUAGUAUUUGAAGAACUCAAUGUUAAUCCAGAUCCUCCAAAUUAUGCUUCUGCUCAAGCACCGCCAUCUCGCUUUCCUGAACGUCAAUUUUGUGCAGUUUGUGGAUUUCCUAGUAACUAUACUUGUAUUCCUUGUGGUGCAAGAUAUUGUAGCAUGAAAUGCUUAGGUACACAUCUCGACACAAGGUGUUUAAAAUGGACAGCGUAAUAAAAAACAUUCUUCAUACAAAUUAUUACAGUCAUUCGUAAUUAUAAAUACUACAUU